AUGGAUAUUAUCCUCGGCGUAAGACUACAAGAUUGUACCCUCGUGGCUACCUCCAAAGCCGCCACAAGAGGCAUUUCUGUUUUAAAAGCCAACGACGACAAAACAAGAAUCCUCAACACCCACAACUUGCUCGCAUACACUGGAGAGGCUGGCGAUACCGUGCAAUUUGCGGAAUACAUCCAGGCCAAUAUCCAAUUGUAUCUGAUGCGUGAAAAUGACACCGAGUUGUCUCCAAAGGCAACGGCACUGUUUGUGCGCAACCAGCUUGCCACAUCACUCAGAUCGCGUAAACCAUACCAGGUAAAUGUGUUGAUUGGUGGCUAUGAUACCAAGACAGAUGUGCCCGCGUUGAGCUGGAUCGAUUACUUAGGAACACAUGUGGAGUUGCCAUACGCGGCCCAUGGCUACGCUGCAUUCUAUUGUUCAUCAUUGUUUGAUAGACAUUACCGGAAAGACAUGGAUUUGGAAGCGGGAUUGGACCUUUUGCGAAUGUGCGUUAAGGAGUUGGAGAUGCGCAUGCCAAUUGACUUCAAGGGCGUUUACGUGAAGGUGGUUGGCAAAGAUGGUGUGCGUGCUAUUGAACUUUAG